AUGUCGCAACUCGACCAGAUCGUGAAAGGCGCUCCGCCUCCUGAGAUACAGGUUCACCAGCCUACCAGUCUGAACAAGACGCCGUCGCCCUCUCUCGCGCGCUCUCUGUCCUCGACAUCGCAGGAUUCAACCGAGACGUCGCCCUCGUCCGUCGCUACCGUCUCUCCCGAUCCGCUCUCAGCUCUUCCCUCCUCCCCGCCGCAGAUAUAUCUCAACCUGCUCAUCGUCGAAACCGCCCUGCGCGCGCAGUACCUCGCUCUACGGGCCAGGAGACGCCAGAAUACCUUCUUCCUCCUCCUGCUCGCUCUCUGGAUCAUAUACUUCACCUACGCUCUCUUCUUCCGGCCGCGAGAGGAUGGGCGCGGGCUCGGUGGCUCGGUCUACUGGGUCGUCGAAACCGGUGAAAAGGUCGCUCUGACCGGCGGAGUGGUCACCGGCAUCCUCAUCUGGGGCACCGGUCAGUGGGAGCGAGGUCUACGAUGGCCGCGGCGGUGGUUGGGCGUCACCAAUCGUGGUAUCAGAGGGAUGAACGCAAAGGUCAUCGUCAUCCAGGGCCCCUGGUGGAAGGAAUUGCUUUCCUAUCUAUCUUUUAUAUUCCCUUACUCGGCGUUCUUCCCGUCGAACACCUCUUUCCACUACGUCGAGUACGAACGAGCGCCGGCGCCGGCCACUGCUGCGGAGAGAGAGAAGCCUCCUCCUAACCGCAGACGUCGCGGGAGCUCGGUGACCAGUCUACGCCAGCCGCCAGACGAAGAAAACCGCAUCGGAGUCGAAGAAGACCUGGCUCCGGGCGGUGACUAUAUACGGCUCCUUUUACUCCCCAAAUCAUUCUCUCCGGCCUUCCGCAAGAACUGGGACGAGUACCGGACAGACUACUGGGAGAAGGAAAACGAACGACGGGCCCGUCUGCGCCAUAAGAUCAAGGAAUUCUCCCGCCAACAGGCCAGAGCUAAUGCCGGCUGGCUCUGGUGGGCGAAAUGGAGAUACUGGAAACGAAGCUACAGCCGCGCAAUACCCGUGAUAAGCAAGAGUGGACGAGAUAUUGAACGAUACUCUAUGCAUAAAUACUCGCACUCCCGUCACUUGAACGAAAGGGAGAAACCCCGUAGAACGUCUCCGUACUCCGACUCACAUACGCACUCCAGGACGUCGUCUCGCAGCUCGACACCGCACCCUGUCUCCGAUAUCGAGGAUAGGAUACCCCUUGAUCGCGAACGAAGGUCGUCUGUCUCCCGUCGAGGCAGCAGUGGAGCGGCCAGUAUGCCCAAGAGAAACAAAUCGGUUUCUCAGACUGCCUCGGGCUCGAGCAGGUUUUCAACCCCGCUGACACCGAUGUCAGUAAGUAAAGAGGUCAAGGAUGAGAGUGGUGUUGGUGAGCCUUCAUGA